GGACUGGUCGGAUCCCAACAGUACCAUGACGUCUUGGUCGAUUGCACUCUUCCAUACAUACAUGCCAGGUUGUUCAAGCGGAUUUUACUAUAAAUGCGUACAGAGUCUUGACAGACAGGGGUAGAUCAAAACACCGCGGCGCUUGUUGUGUCCGAGUCAGGCCGCUGGGGGAGAAGCGUGAAAUAUCUUCUUAUCACGUCCACCAACCACAACUAUGCCCGACGAUAUAGUCAUACUGUCCGAUGGAGGACUCGGUACAACUCUAGAGGAUCACUUCCACCUCCCAAUCUCGCACACCCCAUUGUGGUCCGCUCGUAUCAUCCUCGACGCGCCCGAUACCCUGCAACAAGUUCAUCUUGCAUUCCUCGAGGCUGGAUCGAGGGUCCUCCUUACAGCGACUUACCAGGGUGCAUUUGCAUCUUUUGAGCGCGCAGGCUACUCUCAGCAAAUUGCUACUGAGGCCAUGCGUAAUGCGGUUCAUAUAGCGGACCAAGCUAGACAACAGUUUUGCAAGGAACGCAGUGAUGUCAGCCCGAAGGACAUCCAUAUAGCCCUCUCGCUUGGACCCUUUGGCUCCAUACUUGCACCUAUGCAAGAUUUUGGUGGGAUUUACCCCCCUCCUUACGGGCCACAGGCGUUCAGUGACUCGAAGGAAAAUGUGACUUCCUUUGGUGACAAUAUGGAAGGCAAAAACAAUUCUAUAAAAGCGUUGACACGCUUUCACGAGGAUCGACUUCGGAUAUUCACCUCUGAUAAAGAGACGUGGAACAAAGUUGAUUUCGUUGCGUUUGAGACGGUGCCUUUGGUGAGAGAGGUAAAGGCAAUCAGGCAAGCGAUGGAUAAUUUGAAGGAGAGCAUCGGUCCCAAACCUUGGUGGAUUACUGCGACCUUUCCCACAGGCAAGUUUCCAGAGACUCGGCAACCUGGAGGCGACCACUUCACGGCCGGCGAAGUGGCAAAUGCUAUGAUACACGACGACGACAACUUGCCAGUACCAAACGGGAUUGGAAUCAAUUGCACGGGGCUCAAGUUCGUUCCGGAGCUACUCCAAGACUUUGAACGAGUGGUGGAUGGGAAUAAGAGACCGUUCCUAGUCUUGCACCCUAAUGGAGGGGGCGGAUUUGAUUUGUCCACUCAAGCAUUCCAAGAGCGCGAAGAGAAUGAUAGGUGGGCAGAGGAUUUGGCCAGCCUUGUCAAUGAGGCGAAAGGGAGAGGCUGGAGCAAAAUUAUCGUUGGUGGUUGUUGCAAAACUGGGCCAGGUGACAUUAAGGCUUUUGGGAAGGCAUUCUAAGGAAUGGAACGCCGUGGCGGGGUGGACCGUAUGCGCGGGACGGCUAGUGACCCGGACAGGGACAGGGGCAUAGACGAGGGAGGCAGCUGGUCGCGUAUGUACUUGCCAUAGUAUCGGUGAACAGAAGAAUGAAAAGCUAAAAGUCAGCAAAUAGGAUAUAAUGAUCAAAAACGCGUGGAAGAUCUGUCAGAGACUGACAAGCAUCCUAAGUUGGCGACAAGUUAGAGUUACGGUACAAG